AUGUCCUGGAUUCCCGAACCAUUCGUCGGUCUCGUCAAAGUCUCCCUGCGAGCCGACUGUCGAUAUGGAGAGCACGAUCCUUUUCAGUGGCCUCAAGGCUUCGCCCCUGAGUUCGCGUUUCUGUCUGUAGUGCGACUCCCCUACCCCAGCGAUCAUCGGUACGCUCCGGUCUGGUGGACACCAGUCGUAAACACGGCGUUCCGACCAGUGGAGGGCUGUGUUUUCAAGUCGCUUGGUCUCCUCGUUUCCCCCGCCUUCCGACAGUUCUGUUCUCUUGUCGACGAGAUGCAAGAGCAAGUUCGAGAGCAUAUCGACACCCUUGGAUGCCCGGUUCCUCGACUCGCGCAUAUGUCCACUGCGAUGGCUCAAGCUCGCGAUCGUCUCCGCUUUUGCCCAGCAACAUUCCGUGACUCCCUCUUCCAACUUCGGGAGACCCAACGCCUCUGGCUGGCAUGUCGCGCGUGGAUCGACUAUUCGCGUCUUACGGCAUCCACGACCACAACUUCAAUGGUCCAACCCGGCUACAUGGGCGCAUUCUGCACUGAUCCUGGGGAUGUUCAGACCCUCGCGUGCGCCGGUAUUCCUGUCUGGUUCGUCAGACCCUGCGUUGGCGAAAAUAUUGACGACGUCAGACGGAUCGCAACCCCUCUUCGCCAGCCGUCGAAGCUCGCACUCUUGCCCUUUGCAUCGGAUGGGGUCCCCAUCUUCUCUGGACUCUCGGGUGCGCGUCAUCUCCGAGCCGUAUGCUCCGUCAAGCACAUGUAUGUCGAUGUAUCUCAGGCCCCUCUUUUGACGCGAUUCGAUUAUCGCGCGCGACCGUCCUCGGAGCCAUCAGCAAGCGGUCCAGUCCGCUCGCUCCCCUCGUCAAGCACCCGUGGGGCCUCCCAGGCGAAGAAAGUGCAUCCUAGUCACCUGCGUGGGCGAGACAAGUUCGUCGACAAGAAUCACGCAUGGAUGCCGAGUACGCUCCCAGCGUGGGACUUGGCAAUGCAAUCUGUCGAUCGCUCUCAACCCAGCAAGCCUUCGGAGGACCUUUGGGGCUACUGGGUGCCGGAGCCUUCACUGCUCGUCGGGCCCACUACAGAAGAACGUGUCGCGCGCUACCUCAUGAACUGGCUUGGGGUCCGCGACCCAUGGCUGUACCUCCUUGCUCUCCCGGACUCUCCUGCGACGCGCGUGGGGCCGCAGUGGUGGCGAGACUUCCUGAACGGCGACACAAACGCAGCGGCCACUACUGUGGUCAAUCGUCGCACCAAGCGUUUGGAAAAGGUCAAGGAUGUCUUCUGUCACGCGUUCCUGAUGGAGGAUUUUCAAGAGGGAGCCUCCGGCUCGAUUGAGUGGUUCCGCCAUCCCAUCACCGCAGUCGACGGGACCACUGGACCACAGAUUCUCUGGGAGGUGUUCGAGCUUGGCUUCCGUCACGAACUCCUUGCCCUUGACCGACUCUUGGUGCCCAUGCACGGGAUUCCUGAUGCGGAUUUUAUCCGCGAGCAAGUUCUCGCGGGUGUGUUCCAUUAUCGCGACCUCUACCGCCUUCACCAGUUUCCGGUCUUCGGCGUAGGCCUCUCCCAUCGCAUCCCAAGCUCGCGCGUCCGGUGCGUCGAAGCCCUCCGCCGCGUCGUCAUGAGGUGGCCACAGUGUCCUUUGCACAUUGUGGCAGACCCCUUGAUCGCUGUUAACGCACGGACCGUCGAGGAGAUGGAGCGGGCUGUGGCUCGCUUCUAUUGUACCACUUUCUUCAAUUACUCCAGCCGCGCUCCCCUCGUCCCUCACGCGUUUCCUGAAUGA